AUGUUUUUAGUGGGGGCAUCGGGAGCAAGAUUUCCCAAGACACCUGGGGGACCACUCUUGUCCCUCGAGACACGUCACUCGGUCGACGUCAACGUCCACGAGUCCGGUACCACCCGUCACAGCUCACCGCCGGACCAAACCACCAAAGGAAUCCACCGUCCGGUAUCCCGCACCAGAGACUAA